UGAAGAUGACAUUUUCCUUCGUCUUUCUUCUUUUAUUAGACUUCCCUGAUCUCAACAGGCAGCAGAAGAUCGAGGAGUUUCAACACAUUCUGCUGAGCCUCACCUUCCCUUCCUUUUACAACAAUCACAAAAAGUCCUGCUGUAAACUCUACCCGAACAAUUGUUUCAAACUGAUGGACAGCACAGGAUACGCCUGCGAGCUGCUGAGAGGAAGGGUGACCAUAACUGAGAACGACGGUUGGAUCGAGUUCAAAAUAUCAAAUAUGCGGUUUGUGGAUGCAGGCUUCUACAGAUGCUUUGUGCUGGACACCUACAUCUACACUGACUACUAUAUUGAGGUCACAGAAUCCUCAAUUCACCGCAGUUCAUCUCAGCCUCUGCUUUCAACAACCAUGAAAUCCCUCAGCACCUCCACAUCACCCCGACCAGACUCCACCGGGCCUGUUCUCUCACAGGACCACAGCGACAGUCACAGCGUGCCCUGGAGUUUUAGCCUGCCCCUAUUGAUCGUCGUGUCUGUUACACUGAUGAUUGUGAUCUCUUUGGUUGUCAGUGUUGUUUGCUACAGAGCGAAGACAAAACGUGAACAGCCGGACAAAUGUGGAGAAACUUCGUGUGAGUCACAGAAACAGGAUGCAUUGGAAACCAACAGCGUUGUCUACUCAACAGUGGACUUCAGAGCUCAUCAGGAAUCCACAGAGGUGUAUGCAAACGUGAGGAUUCCCAAAACACGAGCGGGAGCCCUGGACCCUGCAGCGCUCACUGAGGCAGUGGAGUACUCCACACUGGCAAUCCACCAGUGAAUUCAGGGGAAAGUCUCUGAUUUUAAUCUGGGGCUGAUUCUAUUAGUUACACUGCUGUUUUCUUUUUUACAUUAUCCCCCUGCCCCCAUCAUGAAUGAAGAAUGAAGGGUCCAGCACUUUUGGAGCUUAAGGGACGGGAAAUCUUGACCUCUGUUGCUUUUAUUUGUCUCUAUGUCACUUUUGUGUAUGUAAAUGUGCAUGAGCUAUUGUGAAACUGA